AAUCGACGCGCAAGACGGAAGACAUUUUCUUUUCAAGCCGUAAAACCAACGUUUGCAAGUGUUUGAGCUCACUCGCAGCACCGCAGUCUGUGACCUUCACGUGGAAGUAGUGCAAUCUUUGCCGGCUAAUUUUUCACCACUGUCGCCAAGAAGCCGUAACUAGGCAGCAAGAAAAAAAGAUGGGUGUACAGAUUGUCCCAAUUGCCAACGGUGACCAAACCACCUUCCCGAAACCGGGUCAAACUGCGGUCGUUCACUACACCGGAACUCUGGACGAUGGUACGGUGUUCGAUUCGUCGCGUACCCGCGGCAAGCCAUUCAAGUUCUCGGUCGGCAAAGGUGAGGUGAUCCGCGGCUGGGAUGAAGGUGUCGCCCAGAUGUCGGUCGGUCAGCGCGCCAAGCUGGUGUGCUCGCCGGACUACGCCUACGGUAGCCGUGGCCACCCGGGUGUCAUUCCGCCGAACGCUCGGUUGACCUUCGACGUGGAGCUGCUGCGAGUAGAAUAAGCAGCAUCCUCCCGGGAUGCUUGCGCACAUACGUUUCACAUGCAAAUAUUUACCAGAUACACCGAUGCAUUGACCGAUACCGAAUGAAGUCAGAUGACGACUCGUCUUGAAGUGUGGCAAACAAUCGAUGGAAGAGACGCAGCGAAAGAAAGUUGAUAAGAACACAUAGAAACACACCCCUAUCAUCUCUCUUUCCUUGCAAACAACACAUUCUUAUCGUCUCGUUCGUAGCAGUCAGUAGAGAUUAUCUCUUUAACAUCCAUCACAAAAUACAGCAGCAUUAUGGUUAAACUUUAAAGCGAGCUACCUCCGUUCAAUGUCGCGCUUAAUAGUCUGUUUUAUUGGAAACAUUAUUAAAAAAGCUCAUCUUUAGUAGUUACGUUUUAACUUAACCUAUUUUUCCAAUUUUUAAUUCCAAAUUGCACCGAAUUGCAUUUACAUAUUGCACACCGGCUAAAGAAAAGGAUCGUGAAAUUGAUUAGUAGAACGAAUGGGAAAGAGGAAGUACCAUAUAGCUAGAAGGUGGUAGCGUAAUACGUGGUACGAGAAGAAUUGUUAAAUCAAAAGCUAAUAGCGGAAAGAUAGAUCGCUGGAAGAACCAAUUCGCAUAUAAUUAAGCUAAUUGCAAAUGUCCCAUUAUUACACAUUCGUGGCUGAUUGUGAACGAUGAUGAUGAUGAUGAUAAAAACGAACUUACUUUUCAAGCACUUGCCAACUUGUCUUCUCUACGAAAAUUAGCGCUCAGGGCGGAAGUUUCCUAUUUCUUCUUUGCUGUAGAAAUACAAUCAUUCAGCACUGCACAUGCAAUAUGCCGCAGAAGUCAGUUAGUUAAUCUACCGGGUUGGGUGUUUUGGGUGUCCAGUUUGAAGCAUUUAUUCGUAACCAUCAUGGGUGCAUCUCUCUUGAUGGAGGUAAUUGCAUCGAUGGGAAUUUAUCUCUGUUUGAGGAAAGAUAGAGCAUAGAGGAUAGUUUAACCAGUUCAACCUCCCCAUUUGACAUACAUAUUAGCUAUCGUACUGCCCGGAGUGCAAACAAGUUUGGUAAUUCUAAAGAAUAUCUCUACACAAUAUUGGUCAUGGUCGGAACAAUGUGAAAUUUACUGAAAUUCAAUAAACCAUUAACUCUAUACCAAA